CGCCAUUCGAAGGCCUUUAUUUCUUCCGUCUGUAUUGUUUACAUGUGCAAGUAAACACAGUUUGAUUUUCGAUAUUGUUAAAUAUAUACACAAUUAGUGUUUGACAGUUAGUUAUAAGUUUUUACAGUCUUUUUAGUGAACAUUAAUAUGUGGAACGCGAUGGAUGACGGUGGUGGCUUUGGUAAAAGCAGAUUUGACCAAUCAGCCGGUGGUGGAUUUUUGAAUACUUCUGUUGCUGCUUCUCCCAGUGGAACUGAAAAGAAAAAGGCCAGCAGACUUUCUAAUGUUGUGCCUUGUACAAUAGCUCAAAUCCACUUGAUGUCAGAAACUGAUGAAAAUUUAAAAAUUGGCAGUUUAAGUGCAAAUAUUGUCAUUUUAGUCGGCCUAGUUCAGAGUGUCGAUGUACAAGCUACAAAAGUGACCUAUGUAAUAGAUGAUUGCACAGGGUCACCCAUUGAAGUUCAAAUGUGGAUUGGAGAAAGUGAUGAACUCAACAAAAAGGUAAAUAUUAUUCAUGAAAAUGCUUAUGCUCGAGUGACGGGGGCUAUUAGGUCUAUGAAAGGAAAGCGACAUAUUCUGGCAUUCAAUAUUCAACCUGUGAACGACUUUAAUGAAAUUACAAUGCAUAUAGCAGAAAUAAUCCAUACAUCUAUGGCUAUCGCUGUUAUGGAUAAACAGAGUUCAGGAGGCUUUAAUGCAUCUACUAUGAUGAAUCCUGGAAUGACAGCUUCUUCAACUGAUACAUUUGCUUCAAAUGAUUCUAGAAAACUAACUAAACCCCAACAAUUGGUAAAACAAGCUAUUACUAAUUCUAAAAAUGAAGAGGGCAUUAGUGUUAUGGAUCUUUAUAGCACUCUAAAAUCCUUAAAUCGUCAAUCAAUACAGGAAGCUUUAGAUUUUCUGUGUAAUGAAGGCCAUAUAUAUUCCACUAUUGAUGAAGAUCAUUACAAGUCUACUGACUCAGUAUAAUUUGUGCCAGUUUGAAAAUUAAAAAAAUUUUUGUGUGUCUGUUUUUAUACACUUUUGUCCAGUCACCAAUAAAGUUUAAAAUUGUAUAUAAACAUAA